UGAUGGCUUCAGUUCCGGUUCCGGCUCCAUCUUGUUUAGUUGUUACGGUUGAAGCGGUGACAGGGGACGUGUGGAUUGUUCAGGGCUGCAAUUAUGUCGGACAAAGAUAAAAGUGAGCUUAAAGCAGAAUUGGAGCGCAAAAAGCAGCGCUUGGCCCAAAUCAGAGAGGAGAAAAAAAGGAAAGAAGAGGAGAGAAAGAAAAAGGAAGCUGAUCAAAGAAAAGAAUUAGUACAGAAUGAAGAAUCUGAUAUUGAAAAGAAACGAAGAGAAGCUGAGGCCUUGCUACAGAGCAUGGGCAUUACAUCGGAGCCCUCUGUUGUCCCUCCUACAUCUCCUCCCUCAAAAUCGGUGAGUACACCAAGCGAGGCUGGAAGCCAGGAUUCUGCUGAUUGCACUCUUGGGGCAAGACGAGGAGCAAUGAAACUCGAGAUGGCAAAAAUCACACAGGUAGACUUCCCUCCACGAGAGAUUGUUACAUAUACAAAGGAAACACAAACCCCAGUGAUUGCACAGAAAACUGAAGCUGAAGACGAAGAGGAAGAUAUUGUACCUAAGCAAACAAUUGAACCAGAACCAGAGCAAAUACAGAAAGAAGAAAUUAAAGAAGGUGCACCACGUGAACUUACAGAAGAGGAAAAACAGCAGAUUAUUCACUCUGAUGAAUUCCGCACAUUCUUUGAUCAUAGCACCAGAAUAAUUGAAAGGGCUCUUGCAGAACAUAAAGAUCUCUUUUUUGACUACAGUGGCAAGGAUUUAGAAGAAAAAGAAGGAGAACUUCAAGGUGGAGCUAAACUUUCUCUAAAUAGACAGUUUUCUGAUGAGCGUUGGUCAAAACACCGUGUUGUUACGUGCAUGGACUGGUCCUCUCAGUAUCCAGAACUUCUUGUUGCCUCAUAUAACAACAAUGAGGAUGUUCCUCAUGAACCAGAUGGUGUGGCUCUUGUAUGGAAUAUGAAAUUUAAGAAAACUACCCCAGAGUAUGUCUUCCACUGCCAGUCAUCUGUGAUGUCAGCUUCCUUUGCGCGAUUUCAUCCAAAUCUGGUAGUUGGGGGAACAUAUUCUGGCCAGAUUGUGCUCUGGGAUAAUCGCAGUAACAAAAGGACACCAGUCCAAAGAACGCCACUCUCUGCUGCUGCUCACACGCAUCCAGUCUACUGUGUGAAUGUAGUUGGUUCUCAAAAUGCUCAUAACCUGAUCAGUAUUUCUACUGAUGGGAAGAUCUGCUCGUGGAGUCUGGAUAUGCUUUCUCAACCACAGGAUAGCAUGGAGUUGAUGCACAAGCAGUCUAAAGCAGUAGCUGUUACUUGCAUGUCCUUCCCAUUGGGUGAUGUCAACAAUUUUGUGGUUGGUAGUGAGGAAGGUUCUAUAUACACAGCAUGCCGUCACGGAAGCAAAGCUGGAAUAAGUGAGAUUUUUGAUGGUCAUCAAGGACCAAUCACAGGUAUCCAUUAUCACACUGCAGCUGGACCAGCUGACUUCUCUCAUCUUUUUGUCACCUCCUCCUUUGAUUGGACAGUCAAACUAUGGACAACUAAGAAUAACAAGCCACUGUACUCCUUUGAAGAUAAUGCUGAUUAUGUUUAUGAUGUCAUGUGGUCUCCAACCCAUCCUGCCCUGUUUGCUUGUGUUGAUGGAAUGGGAAGACUUGAUUUGUGGAAUCUCAACAAUGACACUGAAGUACCGACUGCAAGCAUUACUGUUGACAGUAAUCCUGCACUGAAUCGUGUGAAAUGGACUCAUACUGGAAGAGAAAUAGCUGUAGGUGACUCAGAAGGGCAGAUAUUGAUUUAUGAUGUAGGAGAGCAAAUAGCAGUUCCUCGAAAUGAUGAAUGGACACGAUUCGCUCGUACACUGGCAGAAAUAAAUGCAAACAGAGCCGAUGCAGAAGAGGAAAUUGCAGCAUGAAUAGCAGAUGAGAGUUAAAGGCAUAAUGACCUGUCUGCAGAGCAGUUCAAUAAUUAAUUUUGUAUGUUUUUCAAAAUCAGGUUUGUAAUUUUUUUCUGAAUAUAACUUUCCCUGGCUCUAUGAACCAACUCCCAAACCUCUGCCACAGAAGACUACGUAGCAUGCAAUGGUAGUUAUUUCACACCCUCCCACCCCUUUCUUAGCUUUUUCAGAAUAGGACCAAUAAGAUCAGCCGGCCAAGAUGCAGGGAAUGAAAGUUGCAUUUGUUUACUGUUAUCAGGAUGAAGUAUCAGCAAAGAUUUUAACUAUAUUUUAAAUUGGAGUGUUCCCAAAAAUGCUUCAUUGUUUUUCCAAUUUAGCCAGUGUUUACAACUUAUUGCUCUCAUAUACAAAUGAGCCAUUUUCUUCAAAAAUACUGAACACAAAUGAAAAUUUACUUUUUUUAAACAUAACUUCACUCAAAAGGGUCUAACAAAAUGGGUACAGUAUAGAGAGCCCCUUUAGAAGUGACCUCCCAAAGUUCACAGUUUUUAGUACUUCUGUAGCCAAAUUAUUGGUAGACUGGCUUGACCAUUUAUUAUAUGGUAUCUCUGCCCUUUUCAGGUAAAUUUGACAGUUGUGCACUGUACAAUUGAGAAUCAUAUCCAGAAAGCAACUACUGUACUGAAAUUCACUGGUCUUGUUUUUGUAAUCUUACAACUAUGGUGUACCUGACAUUACAGCAUUUUGUUCACUAUUCAAUGAAGAGAAAAACAUCGUGCUUAUUAAACCAACUGAAUGGUUAAAUGGAUAGUCUUUACAAAGUUAUGUAACAACUUUAAUGCAAGUUUUACAUAAAUAAUAAAACAUACAGGAAAAUAAA